AUGUGGAUCCUGGAGAAUUCAGAGGCCUUUGAUGGUCGAAGACUGUGGUUGCGACCAGGGAAGAUCUAUUUGUUUGGCAGAACAGCCGCAGAACCCGGCCAAUUGGCCAUAUCACACAAUACCAUCUCGCGCAAGCACUUGACCAUCACCGUCAGCCCUGUCGAAAAGGGACAAGCUCAUAAUCCCACCAGCCGCUCCACGCUUACGAUUGAAGAUUUGGCGACCAAGAUAGGAACAGUCGUCAAUGGAGAAAAGAUCAAGGGCAAGAAGAAGGUGAUCGAGGGGACCAAGGCUGAGUUCACUAUGGGAAAAUGCCCAAAUACGUUCUGCAUCUCAUGGGAACCAGUCGUUUUCGCAUUUUCUUUCACAAGCAAGGAGUUGCAAACAGAUCCCCUAACUACACUUCGCAAGAGAUUCGAGCAGCUUGACAUCAAGCUUGUGACGGAAUAUGUCAAUGUCACCACGCAUGUCGUGUCGAAGAAGCGAAACACCGCCAAAGGCCUUCAGGCAUUGAUUAAUGGCAAGCAUAUCGUGACGGAGACGUUCCUAGAUGCGGUAGUAGAGGCUGGAAGCUUAGCGGAUGGGGCUGAGAUCACUGACCUUAGCCCUCUGGAGCAGGACUUCAAACAAAACUGGCCUGAUGCUCUGCAACAUCUACCACCGAGAGGCGGCGAGCCUGUGCAACACCCAGAUUCUACGUAUGCUCCAGAUCCAGCACGACAAGACAUUUUUGAGGGGUACACCUUCAUAUUCUACGACGACGUCCAAUACAACAAUUUGUUAGCUCCUAUUACGAAUGGCGGUGGCAAAGCGUUACUACGAGAUGUUGUGCCUGAAGAAACCCAAGUUGACGAUUUUGUUCAGUAUGUCAAAAACGUCGCAGGGGAGAAAGGCCUCGGUGCCUUUAACGACGGCAGCGAGGGAAAAGGUGUGGUGGUAGUACGCUUCGUGCCCUCGAAAGGAGGCUCGGUCGACUGGUAUGUUGAGUUCUUCAGAGCCGUGUCUCUUAGACUGGACCAUCGCCCGAUUGAGCAGAGCGAAUUUCUAGAGGCAAUUCUUAUCAAAGAUGCGAGUAUCCUUCGACGGCCUCUUGAAGUCGAGACUUCACCACAGAAUACCCAGAACCAACAUCAAACUCGUCAAGAAGGUGAAGUGUCGAACGAAACCCAACAGCCAGCCACGCAAGCUCAACCAUCACAAUCAGCCGAAGAUUCACAACCCGCUCCUCGACGAGGACGAACUAGGAGAACCGUCAAGAGACGAUUCGCAGGCUUUGAUGACGAUGCAGAUAUUGACAUGGACGAUACUCCUCUGGCAUCAGUGCCCGCAUAUCAGCCUCCAACCCAGGCAGCUACUCAGGCCGAGACACAAGCCCAAGGAAAUGAAGAUGGGUUAUUUGUCUCGCAAGAAGCAGACAUUCCCCUAGAAACACAACCAUCAGGUAGUACUCGGUCGUCGCAGAGAAAAAGGCGGGCUUCGCCAUUGCCUGAAGAUAAUCUCAUGGAUGGCAUGACAACUGCCGCAGAAAGAUUCAAGCGUCAACGGAUAGAACGAGGCGAAGAUAUGGAUGAGCCAGCUGAGCAGAUGGAAACUCAACCGGCCAAAACAGUCCCGAAGCCAAAGAAGAAGAUCAAGAAAGAGUUUGAUAUUUUGGCACUGGCCGCUCAAAACAAAGAGGAAGAAGAGGCUCGCGCCCGAGCUGAGAAGGAAGACCUGGCGAACCUGCCUGACGAUGUCGAUCUUUCUGAAAUUCGCAGACUCAAUAUCGUAGAGGAGAUAGAGAUACGACAGCCCAGCCAUGGCCGGACACGAGAACAAGACAUCCGUGACGGACGAUGGGAUCCCAAAUGGAACGGGAUGAAGAAUUUCAAGAAGUUCAGACAACGAGGAGAGGCGACUGGUCGACAACCAGCAAGGACUAUUGUGCCCCUGACGCAAGUCAAGACGAAGGAGUUUGGCGUUGGAGACGACUACUGGCUUGAGGAUGAAGAGACAGACCGGAGGAAGAGGAACCCAAGCCAGCCCCCAGGAACAGAGUCGCAACCCUCAGCUCCGGCACCGGCUCCUUCAAGGACACAGAAGAGAACAGUCGCUACUGUUUUAUCGGACAGCAGCGACGAUGAGAACAACCAGGGCUCGCAGAAAUCUUCAGCACCAGCAACGCGCACACGAGGAGCCCAGGCCGCAGCAUCACAAACGCAGUCGCAAGCCAACACAAAAAGCCAGUCUUCUCGAAAUACUAGCCAGGCGAGCAAACGAGCUGCAGCAGAGCCUGCCGCUGGACAGCAGCCUGCAAAGCGGACUCGGCAGACGAGGAAGGCUAUUGAAAUCGCGGAUAGCGAUGAUAGUGAUGAUGAGCUCAAGUUUCGAUUUGGAAAGAGACGGUAA